CGUGUGCCCCUCGCUAAAAAAACAUAAAAGUUUGUUUAUCGUGAGUCGUGACGAAGUGGUGGAAUUUUGUGCAAACUCCCAGUUAAUUUUUGUGUAUUAAAUACAAAAUUAUUUCUUAUUAUUUAAGUGAAAUAAAUCAAAAAUGGAAUCAAAAGACGAUGAUUACUGGAACGACUCCGCCAACAAAUCUUUCAACUUCGACGAAGAUGACGUGGCCAUUCUGGAACUUCCCACCGGAGGAGCUAACCGGCGAAGCCUAUUUGGAGAGGACACCGCCUCGGAAGUGAACUAUGCCUUCGUCCAGAGCGAACUGCCACUGCACAUGAUAAUCGCGGACAGCGAUCUGACGAUGAUUCUGGAGGACCAGUCCCGUAGCGAAAGGGCCAUGCCGAAGGGCGCCAGCGUGGAAGAGGAACUGAAAUUACUUCGCAAGAAGCUGCAAGAGCUUAAUUUUGCUCCAUCGGCACCGUGUGUCGUGGCGAAGCUGAUUUUGGGGAAAUGCUGUUCGCUGGAAAUGUUCCGGUCUCUACAAGAAAAGGAAGCCCUGCUGGACGAGGCCGUGGCCAGUGGGAAUGGGAAUGCCAUACUGAAAGUUGUGCUCUUUUUGGAGAAGACUCUGAAGAAGAAGCUGCUCUACCGAUUGCUUCAAACCAGACCGGAAGCGGUUAGUCAUUACGUGAAUUAUAUGGCGUUGAGGCUCCAGGUCACCGAAUGUACGGAUCUAUUGACGUACCUUGGAAGACAUCAUGAAGCAAGCUUACUCCAGUUCUCUAUCUACGUGCGGAGCACAUCAAAUAUUGAAUUCAAGCGACAACGGUUAAAAAAGAUCUACUGUGACUAUUUCUCCCAGCCAGGAGCAAACAGUUUUUAUGCUCAGCUAGUUGCAAAUUACAUUAACUUGCUAGGUAGGUACUUGCAUAUAGUGUUGCAAUGCAAAAAACUGUUCAAAAAGUCAUUGCUCAACCCUAGAAUAAAAGGAUUCUAUAACAUUCCCCAGAAC